GGGGGAAUAGGAAUGCCAAUGUCCACUGAACCAGAAUAUACGAACCCUUCACUUUGGGGGGGGCAGUCGACCAUUCAAAUAUGCUUCGUUCCAUCGGCCGAAACUUACCCAAGUAGUUCUGAAGUUCGGAACCACCAUCACGAUUGGCAUGGAAAAUGGUUCCGUAUGGGGAUGUGGCUGACUCUGCGACCCUCUUUCCUGCAACGCGGACCAACAGUUUUUCCUCCUGGAGCAUCGCAGAGAGAUGAAGCAAGGGCAUGAAUCUGGAUGCCAGAUCCCAUGCGCGAUCUCGCCGAUGAGAUCGCAGAGAUGGGAAGGGGGGAUAAGGCGAGGUGGCGAUGAGGCAGUCGGGUUCAGCUGCAUUGUUGCCAGCCAGCUUCGAGCAUCGCUUCGCUACUAAUUAGUAGUCUCCUUUCCCUCCCUUGUGGCACCGGCACACAAAUCCCGGAUAUCCCUCUUGCCAAUGCGCUAAUCAAGGUAUUCCAGACUUUCAGCCUGAUCUUACCUCCAGUCUCAACCGGUUUUCCCAGAAUUAGCACCCUUCCCAGAAUUAGCACCCUUGCAACCGCCCCCGGGGGUGGACCCGAUGCUCGAGGCUUCCCAAUCGUCCUGUGGGCUCUGCGAUCGGUAGAUUUAUUUCUUGUAUGGCUUGUCUUAUACUUCUGGAUGAUCUACAGCCCCUGUUCUCUCGCAGCGUGGGGGGUACGCGCACAAAAUACUG